ACAAUAGCAUCGCCCUUUCUUCUGAAAGAUGGGUCUGAUACAUUCACUUCCUCCAUUGCCCGAGUCGACUAUGUAAGUGUCCGCAGCAUAGGGCGCAGUCAAUUCUUGCGAGCUCGGUUACUCGAUGCGGCGGAUGAGACGACUCGGAGCAUUUGUCUGGGAUCUCUCGGGAAAUGCGGAGCACCGCAGGUCCGACGACCACUUAUUAUUGGAAGAUGCAUUCGCUUGUGCUCUACCAAGCGCACACCUUGUGCACAGCCUGGAGACAACAGUCGUGCUUGUUGAACUUGAAGCGUCGAAAGCUGUCUUCCCCCAUCCACAUCUCCCGCCAGACGAGGAUUAGCUACGCCAUGCCACGAACGUCAAGCUCGGAUUCGUCAGAUGACGGGCAAUAUUUUGUGCCCACAGAAGGCACUUACAUUGUUGUCCAGCUAGAUCCUGUCAACAUGGUCGAGCCGCUACGCGACCCUGAGUUGACUGCUGCCGCUCAAGCCUUGCAAGCGUGCAAGUACAUCGCAUAUGUGUACCGUAUCAUUGAUCUACCAAUACCGAAGAGACCAGAUCAUAAGUGUCGCAUUGCGCUCGCUGGCCGAGGACCGUGUCGACAGGACGACAACGCGAACAUUGACGCCAGCAUGUGUAUCCCAAUCUCGCCAACAACGGAGCAUCCCCUUUCAAGGAAACCCGUGCCGACAAGGCCUUCAUUCCCCUUCCCCGAUUGCUAUCAAUACAGCAUGGCUGUUCCAGUUGUUCGUAUUCCGACCAAGUUCUUCUACGAUCACACAAAUGCCAUCGCUAUAUCCCCAUACGACCUCUUCUCCGUGAAGACUUACAUCAACGAGGACCAUCGAAAACGGGACACCCUACAAGCAGCGAGGAGCCAACCCGCCGGCAAACCGCUGUCUGACGAAGACGAUGUGGACCACUGCGGUACACGCACAGCAUCGAGCUCGGUCGCGGGUGAGCACCAGGGGGAAGAUGGACCACCAGUGGGCAACGAGCCUGUCGCAGACGCGUUCGAAAGUAAUCUUCCGACGUUUAAUACCAACACAGACGCAUAUCGCGGCGACGUUACCACUGACACGCCGAAGCUCGAACCUGCAGCCCCACAUCACGCGAACGGCAUAUCGGAAGACGGACCAGCAGACGAAGUUCAGCGUACCUCGAGCCAGUCGGAUCAGUCCCAAGUCGGCAGGACAGCUGACGCGCCUGACGUGUCCGCUGGCGUAGAUAUCACUGCGGCCUAUCGUAGUGUGAAGAGCUUUGAGCAGCGGUCAUCUUCACAACGUUCCGAGUCACAUACCGGUGACGAUGAUGGACGUUCCACUGGCAGCUCUAGCACGCACUCUAUGAUUGAAUCUAUUGCGGACCGUUCAAGGUCCGCAAGUCCUGUAGUACCGUCAGAUCUGCUGCAUCGGAUCUUCCUGGGCAAUCCUGAUGAAGACCGAGAUAUCAUACCACUCGUUUCCGUCUCAUUGGACCUGUCGGAAGCCGGCGAGGUCAACGACCCGAUGGCGUUCCUUGAAGAAAUCGAGGUCAUCCAGCAGUGAGUACUCGUCCUCAAGUACCGAAGUAGACUUGAUCAGUGUGAAUGGGACUGUCAGUCCAGCAACGCUACCAGCGUCGACACGUCAUCGUGGGUUGACGUUACUGCGGACGCCCCAUACAUCCUCGAGCAACGUGAUGCCACCGCGCAUAAACGGACCAGGAUUUCAAAACUGUGUGACGCGA